AUGUCCAAGCCAGCCUUGGAGGAAACGACGGCGUCGAGCCAAGAUGAAGAGGCCCCAGUGGUUCCUAAGCUUUCUGAUCGCUACGCAGACGAGAGCUACAAACUACUAUCUCGUAUCAAAGUUGAGCCGCCCACGCCGGAAGAGGCGGAAAGAAUCCGAAAGAAAUGCGUUCGUUGGAUCAUUCCGUUCAUUUGUCUGGGAUAUCACUUGAUGUAUGUGGACAAGCAAACGCUGGGGAGCUCAUCCAUUCUAGGGAUCCUGACGGAUGCUCAUCUCAAUACGAGUCAAUACAAUUGGCUUUCUUCGAUUUUCUAUCUUGGUUAUCUACUGGCAGAAUGGCCUCAGAACCUAGCUUUGCAACGCUUCCCGGUAGCAAAAUAUCUGGCCAUAAAUCUAAUCGUCUGGGGCUCGAUUCUGCUCUUACACAUCCCAUGCAACAACUUUGCAUCCCUCUUUGUUGUGCGCUUUUUCCUGGGUCUGGCAGAAGCGUGCAUAGUACCGUCCUUCCUUAUCAUUUUGUCAAUGUUCUUCACGUACGAUGAGCAGGGAGUUUUGAUGCAAAUCAUGUGGGCUUGCGGCAACUCCAGCCCAAUCACGUCCGGGUUGUUGUCGUACGGUGUUUUGUUCAUCAACACAGGAAGCUUCGCGCCAUGGAAAUGGUUUAUGGUUAUCACCGGCGCUCUCACCGUCAUAUACGGAGUCGCAGUCUAUUUCCUCCUCCCCGACAAUCCAGCAUCCGCACACUUCCUCACUCCUGAGGAACGAGCGCAAUCAAUUCUGCGUAUCGCCUCAAAUCACUCCGGUAUUGAGCAAAAGCACUUUAAGAAGGCCCAAUUCAUUGAAGCACUGAAGGAUCCCAAGACUUGGUUGUUCUUCCUGCAUGCCUGGUCCCAGGAGAUGGCCAACGGUCUGACGAAUCAGUACUCACUGAUCAUCCAAUCGUUCGGAUUUAGCACACUGGAAACAACACUUUUAGGCUGCAUCAAUGGCCUGACGGCACUGAUCUCUCUCGGUGCUGCAGCUAUUGUGCUGUCCAAAACACGAGAUACCAGGGCAUGGCUGUCUGCCGCAUCGUAUGUCCUGCCGAUCGUUUCGUGCAUUAUGCUCAUCACACUGCCAUGGGACAACAAGGCUGGCCUCUUGGUGGCCAUCUAUAUCCGGGCGACAGCGGGCAUUGCGUACAGCGUGGUCAUGAUCUGGGCUGUGAACUGUUCGGCUGGACACACGAAGAAGACGGCUGUCAUCGCUUUGUAUCAUGUCGGCUACGGACUAGGCAAUAUUCUCUCACCUCAGCUAUUCCAGGGGCAGUACAAACCGAGGUACAUCACAACGUGGUGGGUCAUUCUUUGGGUGGCAUGUGUCCUUCCCAUGGGCAUUGUGUUAUACUUGCGUUACUACUUGCAAAAGGAAAACAAAAGACGUGAUGCCUUGGCAAAAAAUGGUGAGAUCCGGGAGGUUGGAGUACUGGAACAUACCGACGAGAACGGCCAGCGAACGGAGGAGGUUGUUGAUGCAAGGCAACUGGAUCUGACUGACCGAGAAAAUCUGGCAUUCCGUUAUGUUCUUUAA